GGUUAUCGGCUAAAUACCGAGGACUAUUCCGAGUAUGGUUGGUGAUAAAUUUCGAAAACUUUUCAGUAUUUAGUGUGAAGUCAAGUCGAAAAAAAUCGACGUCAAAUUUUUCACCAGCUCGAGCCAGCAAAGGACACGUAGGCUAGAAUAACCCGAAAGUUACCUACGAGUAAAAAGAGGCAAACGAGUAUAAAACGCCAGCGACAAAAUGAUCGUAAAAAUGAAAAAUACCACCAUCAACGGUGUAGAAAACACCUGCAAACUUAGCGGCUUUCCUUACUUCAGCUACUUGGGAAUUCCAUACGCUAAGCCGCCAAUUGGUAACUUACGAUUUCAGCCACCUCAAAAACCUGACGAACUCGAAGAGGAAUUCGACGCCACGUUGGAAGGAGAUGAUUGCAUACAGAUGAGCAGAUCGCGUCCUGGUACCAUUGGCAGCGAGGAUUGCUUAUAUGUAAAUGUCUACGUGCCGAAGACUGAAGAUAACGACCGGUUGAAGCCAGUAUUGGUAUACGCUCAUGGAGGAUUGUUCACAUAUUUCUCUGGCUCAUCAAAUUAUUUUUCGCCUGAUUACGUCCUUCCUCACGACGUGAUCGUCGUCACCAUAAAUUAUCGACUUCAUGUUUUAGGAUUUCUGGAUUUGGGACUACCAGAUUCGCCAGGAAAUGUCGGCCUCAAAGACUUGAUUUUAGCUUUGCAAUGGGUCAAAGAGAAUAUCGAAUGUUUCGGCGGAGACCCGAAUAAAAUAACCGCCGGUGGUAAUAGUUGCGGUGCUGCUCUGCUUCAUCUCCUCACUUUUUCUCCUGCCACUAAAGAUAUGAACCUAUUCCAGCAACUCGUAAUGUUCAGUGGAAACGCUCUGAUGCGUCCUGCAGUUACGAAUUCGGUGGAGCGAGCUUUCGAAUUCGGCCACAGAUUGGGUUACAGAGGGAAAAACAAAGAAGGACUUUUGAAAUUUUUGAAAAACGUACCGGCCGAUGAACUAGUCGAAGGAUUGACCGCGUACCAUAGAUACUUACAAUUGGAAAAUGGAGGAGAUAUUAUCGUUUUACCGUUCUCACCGUCAGUCGAGACCAUCGAAGAAGGAGCUAUUAUCACCGCCGAGACGCAAUCGUUGGCCGAUCAAUCUGUCAAAUUACCAACGUUCACCGGAUUAAUGUCUAAAGAGGGAAUGUUCGCGUUUUACUUGGAUCCGUUCGUAAUGAAUCAUUUGAGAGAAGAUUUUACCACUUGUGUUGGACGAAUGCUGCCUAUGAUUAAUGAUAAAAUUUUACCCGAAGUCGCCGAUAUGAUCAAGUUGUACUAUUUCAAGAAUAAAGAUAUCGACUUCAACUCCGGAAAGGAAACGAUAGACCUUUACACCGAUGUCAUAUGGACGAGGGCUUUCUACGACCUGAGCAAUUUCAAAGACGUGAACGAAGAAAAAUGGCCAGUUUUCGUAUUCCAUUUCUUAUACGAAGGACCUCUGAACUGCUACAAGAAAUAUUACCCGGUUAUCACCAGAUUAAUGGAUGGGCCAACUCACGAUGACAUCCUAGGGUAUAUAUUACCUUUCAAAAGCGACAUCGCAAGUCGAUUUUCAAGCAAAAGGGAUAUUAAAGUUAUUAAAAAUCUGAGCGCAUUGUUUUGCAAUUUCAUCAAAACAGGAAAUCCAAACGGAGACAAUGUGAGUGUGAAUUGGAAACCUUUCAGCCAAGACCAGCCUAACUUUUUGCAAAUACACGAGAAUAUGAAAAUGUGCAAUGGAUAUAUAAACGAAGAUAGAUACAAAUUUUGGUUAAAGAUAAAUAAAAUAAUAAAGGAGGGUAAAAUAGAAAACAACGAAACGGAAGAGGAAUAGACGAGCUGUGUGAGAAAUUCUUCUUGGAUUAUUUUUUAAUCAUUCGUUAAUUAUUGUAUUUUUGUAAGCCAACUAUUAUAUUAAUUAUUUAAAGUUGUGCUGUAUAAAUUAUAAAUUGAAAACUUUAUAUCAAUGAGACGAACAAUAAUAUUCAUUGUGUGAAAUAGUUGAAAAUAUAAACAAGAAAGGAGAA